GCUUGAAUCUUCACUCUCAAGAGAGUCCCAACAACAACAACCUUAAGAAGAUUUCCAUUCAAAGCCAUAUUAGCACAGGUAAAUGAUAUUAGUAGCGAUGUGUUAAUAUUAGUUUACAUUUUUAGUAGAAUUUCCUCUUUUGACUUUGAAGAAAGCACAUCAUCUGAAUAUGAUCUAUGUCUGUCCUAGGUUUUUGUUUUAUCAGCAUUAUAAGUUAUUAUUAUUCUUUAUUCAUAAAUUCAAAUAUUUUGUUUUUGUGUUUUGUUAGGGGCAGUAACAGUUAUUUACUUUGUUUGGUCUUUUCUAGUAUCUUGUUUAGGUUUAAUAAAAUCAAUUGAAUGCUUAAAUUCUUCUUCAAUUUCCUUUUAGCAAGUGGAGAGACACCUGGUGGCAAAAGUCAAGACUCUGCAGCAGUGAAAAGGGGGGUCACUUUUAAAGCUGGACUCAUUGCAGAUAAAAAACAUGUUGCUUUUUGUGGGCCUUUACUAUCAAUUGAGGAGGUGAAAGGGAUUUUUUAAAUUUUUAUUUUGUAACUCACUUGAAAGUUUAUACGGAGAGAUAUUUUUGUAUUAUUUUAAGAUUAAGCUGUCAUUUUUAAUCUUAGUUUAAUUUUUGUAUUUUAACAAUUUUAAUAACACUUUUCCUUUACAGAUUAAAGGUUCAAGGGAGAAAUUAACUGACAUUAUCUUCUGCAAGUUUUACAUGGGAUGUCACACAGAGGCUCUUGGACUUCCAGCAGAGAGAGGUAUGUUGCUGUAAUAUUGUUUUAAGAAUUGACAAAAGUUAUGGAAAAGAUGCAAUGGAAGGAAAUAGCAAGCAUUUUUAGUGAUUAAAAAGAAGUUGUCUUUUGUUUGAAAUAUGUACUCUGUUUUCAGGCUACACACAACACAAUGAAGAGAAACUGUCGGAAGCCUUGCAGAGUUGUCUCACUAAAUACAAUAAGGGCACCUCUCAAAGAAUUGACCUGGUGUUUUUUAAAGAGGCUGUUCAUCAUGCAGCCAGACUUAGUCGAGUGCUUGUAAGUUAUAUACUAUAG